UCAUUUUGAUACCCAAAAAAAUCCCACCUUUUACAAUCCGUCCAUUUCUUUCCCCUUCUGUUCUCCCUUCUUUUCUACUCCUUUUCUCCACACUUCCCUCUCUGUCCUAAGAAAAAAAGAGAGAAACCCAAUUCAAGAACAAGAAGAAAACACACUUCCCAGGUAGAAAUGAGAGAAAUUCUUCACAUCCAAGGUGGUCAAUGCGGUAACCAGAUCGGAGCUAAGUUUUGGGAGGUGAUUUGCGACGAGCAUGGGAUUGAUAACACCGGAAAGUAUAGCGGUGACUCUGAACUCCAGCUUGAGCGUAUCAAUGUCUAUUAUAAUGAGGCCAGUGGAGGCAGAUACGUCCCUCGUGCUGUCCUUAUGGAUCUGGAGCCUGGUACUAUGGAUUCUCUUAGAUCUGGUCCUUUUGGGCAGAUAUUCAGACCUGAUAACUUCGUUUUUGGCCAGUCUGGAGCAGGGAAUAACUGGGCUAAAGGUCAUUACACUGAAGGAGCUGAAUUGAUCGAUUCUGUGCUUGAUGUUGUCAGGAAAGAAGCUGAGUAUUGUGAUUGCUUACAGGGAUUCCAAGUUUGUCAUUCAUUGGGUGGAGGCACUGGUUCUGGCAUGGGAACUCUUCUUAUUUCCAAGAUCAGGGAGGAGUAUCCUGAUAGGAUGAUGAUGACAUUUUCUGUCUUUCCUUCUCCUAAGGUAUCUGAUACAGUUGUUGAGCCAUACAAUGCCACUCUUUCUGUUCAUCAGCUUGUGGAAAACGCUGAUGAAUCUAUGGUAUUGGACAAUGAGGCUCUGUAUGACAUCUGCUUCCGUACUCUUAAGCUUGCUACUCCAACUUUUGGUGAUCUUAACCACCUCAUAUCUGCUACAAUGAGCGGCGUUACCUGCUGCCUUCGUUUCCCUGGACAGCUUAACUCCGAUCUCCGGAAGCUUGCUGUUAAUCUUAUCCCAUUUCCUCGCCUCCAUUUCUUCAUGGUUGGGUUUGCCCCCUUAACUUCUAGAGGAUCACAGCAGUAUCGGGCUCUGACUGUGCCUGAACUGACCCAGCAAAUGUGGGAUGCCAAGAAUAUGAUGUGUGCAGCUGACCCACGUCACGGUCGAUAUCUAACUGCUUCAGCUAUGUUUCGUGGUAAAAUGAGCACUAAAGAGGUUGAUGAGCAAAUGAUAAAUGUUCAGAACAAGAACUCUUCAUACUUUGUUGAAUGGAUACCCAACAAUGUUAAAUCCAGUGUAUGUGACAUCCCACCUAAGGGUCUCAAGAUGGCAUCGACCUUUGUAGGGAAUUCAACUUCAAUCCAGGAGAUGUUCAGGCGUGUCAGUGAGCAAUUCACGGCAAUGUUCAGGCGCAAGGCUUUCUUGCACUGGUACACCGGGGAGGGUAUGGAUGAAAUGGAGUUUACCGAGGCUGAGAGUAACAUGAAUGAUCUGGUGGCUGAAUACCAGCAAUAUCAAGAUGCAACAGCUGAUGAUGAUGAGUACGAGGAGGAAGAAGAGGAGAUUGCUGGUUGAGGUGGGUAGUCUGAAGUUUGUAUAUUUUUGGGUAUGCAAGUGCGUGAUUAUGCUUGUGUUGUUGAAUGGUCAAAGUUAAAUUGACAUGUUGAUGUCUAUAAUUGUGGGCCCUUGUAUCAAGAAUGGAUUUUUCUUUUGGACUCUUCUCUUGUUUCAAAUUGUAAUGAAGGUUGUCUUUGUAUCUA